AUGCUUCGUCACUACUCUUCCUCCACAGAUGUACCUUCUUCUUCCUCUUCCUCCUACUUGAGUUACAGAGCUAGGGUUUCUCCAGCUCCUCCUCUUCUCUGGAACUUCUCCCCUAGAGUUUCUUUCCGGUUCCGACUCCACUGCUCCUCCUCUUCUUCUCCACCUCGAUUCUCUAAACCCAAUCCCACCUCUCGCAACCGCAGAUACGGCGGCGUAAUCCCAUCGAUUCUCCGAUCUCUCGACUCCUCCACCGACAUUGAAACAACCCUCGCUUCUCUCCGUCUCAAUCUAAGCCCCAAAGAGCAAACCGUUCUCCUCAAGGAGCAGACUCGCUGGGACAGAGCUCUUCGCCUCUUCCGAUUCUUCCAAUCCCACAAAGACUACGUCCCCAACGUGAUUCACUACAACAUCGUGCUGCGAGCCCUAGGGAGAGCUGGGAAAUGGGACGAAUUGAGGCUUUGCUGGAUCGAGAUGGCUCACAACGGCGUCUUGCCGACGAACAAUACCUAUGGGAUGCUCGUUGAUGUCUACGGCAAAGCGGGGCUCGUAAAGGAAGCUCUUUUAUGGAUCAAACACAUGAUGCAGAGGAUGCAUUUCCCAGAUGAGGUCACCAUGGCUACCGUCGUUAGGGUUUUCAAAAACUCCGGUGAGUUCGAUCGCGCUGAUAGAUUCUUUAAAGGUUGGUGUGAUGGUAGAGUAGAUUUGGAUGAUCUUGAUUUGGAUUCGAUUGAUGAUGAUUCUCGCUCUGUAAGCUUGAAGCAGUUCCUGUCCAUGGAGCUUUUCAAGGUCGGUGCGAGGAAGCCCGUUGAGAAAAGCUCCGACUUUGCAACGGAUUCGUCGUCUCCGAGGAAGCCGAGGCUGACUUCGACUUUCAACACUCUGAUUGAUUUGUACGGGAAGGCGGGUAGGUUAAGCGACGCGGCUAGUCUCUUCUCUGAGAUGUUGAAAUCCGGAGUUGCUAUAGAUACGGUGACGUUUAACACGAUGAUACAUACUUGUGGAAGUCAUGGGCGUUUGUGUGAGGCUGAGUCUUUGUUGAGGAAGAUGGAAGAGAAAGGGAUAAAUCCUGAUACUAAGACUUAUAACAUUCUUCUGUCUCUUCUUGCUGAUGCUGGAGACAUUGAGGCAGCUAUUGGAUACUAUAGGAAGAUAAGGAAAGUUGGACUUUUUCCAGAUACUGUGACUCAUAGAGCUGUUCUUCAUGUAUUAUGCCAGAGGAAAAUGAUUGGAGAAGUUGAAGCUGUGUUGGGAGAGAUGGAGAGGAAUGGUGUUAGGAUUGAUGAGCAUUCUGUUCCUGUGAUUAUGCAGAUGUAUGUUGAUGAAGGUUUGAUUAGAAAGGCCAAGGCUUUGUACGAGAGGUUUCAGUUGGAUUGUGUGCUUUCGUCGACGACUUUUGCUGCGGUGAUUGAUGUCUAUGGUGAGAAGGGACUGUGGGUUGAAGCGGAGGCUGUGUUCUACGGGAAGAGAAACAUGACAGGUCAGAGGAAUGAUGUGUUGGAGUACAAUGUGAUGAUUAAAGCUUAUGGUAAAGCCAAGCUUCAUGAGAAAGCGCUUUCUCUCUUCAAAGCGAUGAAGAAUCAAGGGACUUGGCCUGAUGAGUGCACUUAUAACUCUCUUGUGCAGAUGCUUGCUGGGGUUGACUUAGUGGACGAGGGACAGAGGAUCUUGGCUGAGAUGACGGAUUCAGGAUGUAAACCGGGGUGCAAGACGUUUGCUGCUUUGAUUGCUAGCUACGUGCGGCUUGGUUUGCUGUCUGAUGCGGUUGAUCUCUACGAGGCAAUGAAGCAACGAGGAGUGAAACCGAACGAGGUUGUGUAUGGUUCCUUGAUUAACGGAUUUGCUGAGAGUGGUAUGGUGGAAGAAGCUAUUCAGUACUUUAGGAUGAUGGAGGAACAUGGUGUGCAUCCCAAUCAGAUCGUUAUGACUUCUCUUAUCAAGGCUUAUAGCAAAGUAGGGUGUCUAGAAGAAGCUAGGAGAGUGUAUGACAAGAUGAAGGAAUCAGAAGGUGGACCAGAUGUUGCUGCAUCAAACAGCAUGUUAAGUCUCUGUGCAGAUCUUGGGAUGGUUUCCGAAGCAGAAACCAUCUUCAAUGAUCUGAGAGAGAAAGGAACAUGCGAUGUGAUUUCGUUUGCGACGAUGAUGUACUUGUACAAAGGAAUGGGGAUGCUUGAUGAAGCUAUUGAAGUAGCUGAAGAGAUGAGAGAGUCUGGUUUGCUAAGUGACUGUACUUCUUUCAACCAGGUCAUGGCGUGUUACGCUGCUGAUGGACAGUUACGUGAGUGCUGCGAGCUGUUUCAUGAGAUGUUGGUUGAGAGAAAGCUCUUGCUGGAUUGGGGAACGUUUAAAACGGUCUUCACGCUGUUGAAGAAAGGUGGUGUGCCGAGUGAAGCUGUUGCGCAGCUACAAGCCGCGUACAACGAAGGUAAGCCAUUGGCAACAGAAGCAAUCACUGCAACACUGUUCUCUGCGAUGGGUUUGUAUGCGUAUGCGUUGGAUUCAUGCAAGGAGGUCACAAAGGAUGAGAUCCCUUUAGAGCAUUUCGCAUACAAUGCGGUGAUAUACAGUUAUGGUGCGUCAGGAGAUAUUGACAUGGCACUGAAGACGUAUAUGAGGAUGCAGGAGAAGGGGUUGGAGCAAGAUGUUGUCACGCAGGCUUACCUUGUUGGGGUAUAUGGGAAAGCUGGAAUGGUGGAGGGUGUGAAGAGGGUACAUAGUAGGAUUACGUUUGGGGAGCUUGAAGGAAACCAGUCGUUGUUUAGAGCUGUGAGGGAUGCUUAUGUGAGUGCAAAUAGACAGGAUUUGGCUGAUGUGGUGAAGAAAGAGAUGAGCAUUGCUUUUGAAGAGGAAAGGGAUGAGGGAGAGGAAGAGGAGUAUAGUUGGAGAUCUGGAGAGGAAACGGAAGAAGACGAGGCGUUUUGA